AUGUCAAUGUCAAAGUAUUUUGUUCCUUGACAUCCGAACUGUGGUUAAAAGUAAGGUUAUGAUAAAAUGUUUAACUUACUGAUUUUAUAAAUAUCCCAAGUGAAGCAGGAAAUAUGGCAAAUAAUAUCAGGAUCUUACAUAGAUAUACUCCUCGGUUUUCAGGGAUAUUCCAAUCAAGAGAAUAUGCAAGACCCACAAGCUUUCCAGACUUUUUUCAAAACCCAAUUUUUAGAAAGGAAGAUCAGGCUAAACUUAUAGAGACUUCGGAGCUAUCCAAAAUAGCCGCUUUACCCGUGAAGCCCCCUGCAGUUUACGAAACAAGCUCUGUUUACCAUGACCCAUUGGUAAAUAAAGUAAUUAAUCAUGUCAUGGAAAUGGGAAAGAAACAGUUGGCUCGCAGUCUUGUUGAAAAAGCAUUUGAAAAUAUAAAGAGGUCUCAAAUUGAACGCUAUCACUUGGCAACAACCCCUGAAGCAAAGGCCAAAAUAGAACUGGAUCCAAAGAAAAUCCUGCACAAAGCUAUCGAAAACUCAAAACCACUUCUUCAAUUACAACCAAUUAAAAGAGGUGGUAUUACUUACCAGGUUCCAGGUCCCAUCACUGAGAAAAGAUCCCUAUUCUUGGCAAUAAAAUGGCUGUUAGAAGCCACAAAUGAAAAGGAAAGAACUGUCCAUUUCCCAAAGCAGUUUGCUUGGGAGCUCAUGGAUGCUGCCAAUAAUACUGGAAAGGUUGUCAAAAGAAAACAGGACCUGCAUAGAAUGUGUGAAGCAAACAGGGCUUAUGCACACUAUAGGUGGCAAUAAUUAAUUAAAUAUUUGUACCCAUUAGUAGUAAUUGAUGUAUAGUAAAUGAUGUGUGUCUGUUAAGUGAUCAAAGGUCCAUUGAGAUAUUAAAGUAUGGCAUGCAUCAUCAAA